CUCCGAAACAGCAGUACGCAGAAGUCUCCGGUCGGGAAGCACCAGCAGUCGGUGACGGAUGGCAGCCUUAUCGCACUUGCUUCUGAUAUCGCUGUAGACUUCGAACAGCUGUUACAAUCCCCGCCUCUCUCGUGACGAAUAAAUUAUGGCGCUAGCUGUGGAGAAGAAUUUCGUCUGGGUCCUGGUGGUGCUUGGGUGCCUCGUUACCAUAAGUCUCCAGGCUUCGUCGCGGAAUUCGGAGAACUACGUGGCCGCCGUGGUGGAGUACGCGCCAGUGUCCGGGGCCACGCUGGAGAACAAGGAUGAGAUCUUCAUGCAGAACGUCGCCGUCUACGCGUGUUUCAUGGAGGAGGCUGCCAGGCAGGGUGCCGAUAUCAUCGUGUUUCCGGAGGUUGGACUGGCGUCCAUGGGAGUGCCUCACAACCCAGACGGUACUCCGUCCCUGGCCUUCUACGUCCCUGAACCAGGAGCGAACCCUUGCAACGACAACAGCUCGGAAAUAGCACAGGGCCUGAGGGAGCUGUCGUGCGCCGCCCGCCGGCACGGGCUGUACGCGGUGGUCAACCUGCCGGAGCGGGUCAACUGCACCGGCUGCCCCUGCCCGGGCUUCCCAGUCACCGCCGACGGCGAGGAGUGCCCGCCGUCCGGCGCCUACUUCCACAACACCAACGUCGCCUUCGACCGCACCGGCACCAUAGUAGCCAGAUAUCGCAAGUUCAACUUGUUCGGAGAACCUGGUUUCGUGCCGACACCGGAACCUGAGUUUUCCAUCUUCGAUACGGACUUCGGCGUAAGCUUCGCCAUGUUCAUCUGCUUCGACAUCAUGUUCGAGAAGCCUGCGGUAACGCUCGUGAGGGAGCACAACAUCUGCGACUUCGCCUUCCCCACUGCGUGGUUCUCUGAGGCGCCCUUCCUUACAGCUGUGCAGACGCAGGCUGCGUGGGCGUAUUCCCUUGACGUGAAUCUUCUGGCUUCCGGCUACAACAGGCCAGAAGUAGGGAGUGCUGGCAGCGGCAUCUUCCUAGGCCGCAACGGCGCCGUCCGGGCGAUCAUGCCCAACACCACGACCAGUCGCCUCCUCGUGGGAACUGUGCCGAAAAUGCAGCGCUGCCAGGAGACCUUCGCAUCGAGGGCUCGCAGCCGCCGUGCCGCUCUGGCUGGUGAAGGCGAAGACGACGAUAACAGUGCUGUCGAGCGCACUCCUCUGUCCGCUUUCCACCACAUUGUUCGGCAGAGGAAGUUCGGCCACUUGGACAUGGACGUCGACGAAUCUUUGGUGGACGAAUCGGCACCAGCCUUCAUUCACCAUAAAAUGUACGACCAAGCAGACGACGCAGCUGAGGCUGACGACAAUUCCGGGCCUCCAUCUGGAGAAAUAGAGCCCAAAGUCCCUCCUCAUUUUAUGGGUCUGCAUCAGACGGACCAAGUCGAAGAUGAUGAGGAAACUAAAGACAUGUACGAAACGCAUGGGAUGGCAAGUGAAGACGCGGGAGACAGAGCUGCAUUACAGGAAACUGAGGAGGGGGAGGAUGCGGAGGAGACUCUGCACAGUAAUUCACCAUAUGUAGAUAAACAGAAAGUAGACAUCCCGGAGAAGAAAAUACCUGCCAGUACAAGGACUGAUACACCCGAAUUUAAUGAACCAUCCACGAACCCAGACCUCUUAAGGCUCUACCAGGAUGAACCUGAGGAGCAGUUUCCAGAAGAAUUUUUAGAAAUAGAAGUCCCAGAAAGCUACGAACGUCCUUUUGAGCCAGAACGUGACCAAGAAUACUUCAAGCUUCCAGAUAAAGAAGAAAUUCUACUCGCGGAUGAAGGAAAGAAAGAAAGCCGGGAAGAGUCGGAUGAAGAAAACCAGCAGUUGUUGACUGCUGAUGACAGCGCUACAGCAGCUGCUGACAAUGCUGACCUGACCGUUUCUGGCGGUGAACAUAAUGCCACUCAAGAGGAGAUAGAAGCUACUGUAAAGAAAUUCGAAUGGCUGGUGGAAGACAAAGAAGAGCCGCUCCCACGUGAACCUCCCGAACGAAAGGCGGACAUUCCGUCUGCACCAAGUGCUGGCAACGAAGGCGAAGAAGUGCCGAGAGAGGAGCAUAUCGACGAUACUGAUGAUCUCCUCGCGGAUGACCAUGGUUUGCAUUUGAUAGAUGAUGGAGGGCAAGACGAAGCAGCGCCAAGAGAGGAACACGUCGACGAUGCGGAGGAUAUCCUCACCGACGAUCAAGGUUUGGCUGAAUUACAUGACGAUGAAAAGGCAGCAGCUGAAACUAAUACCAGUCCAAAACAGGACGUUGAGGGUGCUGGGGAUCGGUCUGAAGCGAAAACACUGACAGACAGGGAACAGCCUGCAGAGUCAGAAUGCGAAUUUAAGAGACCCGACAAACGCGGAAAACUGAAGUGCCAUCGCAGAGAUCGUGUCAAGCGAAGUAAACGCCCACGGAAGUGCAGGCCGAGACCAGAAGGACAGAAACCGUCUAAAGAGCCCGACGGUGUCGUUACUGAUGACAAGCCCGUGGUGGGGACUUCAGAGAAUGUCCCCGAGGACGUCGUUGAAGACACCAAAGCGGAAGAGCAGCCAGUAAAAUGUGAACCUGAGGUCACCACCAGCGAACCUAAACGUCCCUGUAAAAAAAGAGAGCGUCGUGAGAGUGGCUGUCCAGCAUUCAGCGAUGGAGUUCUGGACGACGGGAGAGUCAGCAAGAGUACGGCAGGGCUCUUCCUGAAACGGGACCAUCUGGAGGUGUACAAAACCUUCACGCUGAGCACAGAAUCGCUUAUCGAGAAUAGUACGGUAGUUCUGUGCGACGGUACCUUCUGCUGCAACUUCACCGUAGUUCUGGAGGUGAACGCUGAACUGAGUCAAGCAAGGUACGCCUACCGGCUUGCAGUCUUCGAUGGUGUUCGCUCUUUCGAUGGCGUCGCUACUGGUGGUCUACAGGUGUGCGGCGUGAUUCCCUGCUCUCGAGACGACAUGGAUUCGUGCGGCAUGUUGACGCUACCCGACGAGGCCGCACACGCGACGGUGUUCCGGACCAUCAGCAUCAGCGGCGUCUUCAGCACCAACCACACGCUGGUGACGGCCAACACGCUGCUGCCGGGGCUGGCGCCGCUCCCGGCCGACAGGUUCAACAUGACCACCGCACCGGCGGGGGAGAAGCUCAAGCGGUUCACGCUCAAGACUACUGCCGCCGUCAUGGAGGAGGGCGUCUCGCUCUUCACGUUCGCCAUAUACUCGAGAGUCUACAAAAGAGACGGCGAGCCGGCGACCACACCACAAGAGACCUUAGUCGACUCUGACAACUGUUAGUGCUCUGAGAAAUUUCGCGACUCCGUAUCUGUUAUGUGUUAUUAAACUUAAUGUCUGUACUGUAGCAACAGAGAAUAAAAUGUUGAAUGAGGUUUCCUGUAA